AAGGUUUACAGCCCUCCUGGCUCCUGCACCAAAUUCUCUCUCACCUCUCUCUCUCUCUCUCUCUCUCUCGGCCUCCUUUCCAAGCGGCGACGACAGGGGAGUGGCGCCGCCCUUGCCAAUUCUUCGUCGGACGCUUCGCCGGCCGACAAGAGAAUCUCGGUGGUUUUAGCUGAACUCGCGCCCCUGCUAUGCACCCAGUUUCAGUCCCCUUGCAGCCUUUCACUGCAACUCCGGCAAGCUUACUUAUCCCAAGGAGCACAGCUGUGAGAAAUUCCAUCGAUUUUGGCGAGUUACGGAGAGCUGGAAGGUCUAGUGGAAACCUUGCUAUGAAUUCCAUACAGAAUCCUUCCCGUGGGUCAGAAACGCCCGGAAGUGAGGAUUUCAAUGUGGGGGAUAAGGAUGCCGUGGUCAUUGUCGACCAUGGUUCACGGCGCCAAGAAUCCAAUCUCAUGCUAAAUGACUUUGUCGAGAUGUUCAGGGCACGAACUGGUUAUAAGAUCGUUGAGCCUGCUCAUAUGGAGCUGGCUGAGCCGACUAUUAAGGAUGCUUUUGGAAAAUGUGUGCAACAAGGGGCAUCCCGUGUUAUUGUUAGUCCAUAUUUCCUUUCCCCUGGACGACACUGGAAACAAGAUAUCCCUACUUUAGCAGCAGAAGCAUCCAAGGAGCACUCAAAUAUACCCUAUAUUGUCACUGCCCCUCUUGGACUGCAUGAGCUUAUGGUGGAUAUCAUGAAUGAUCGCAUCAAGUACUGCCUGCUACAAGUUGCAGGUGAUGUCGAUGAGUGUACAGUAUGUGCUGGAACUGGAAAGUGCCGCCUCUACUCCUGAUGGUGAAUACCUUGGAGGCUGCGAGGCCACAAUUCUCUAUAUAUGAGUAUAUGACUGUCCAUACUGCAGCUUAGAAUCUGAAUAGCUGUGGCAGUGGCAUGCAGUUUUUUUUCUCUGUUUUACCAUUUACAAGGUCUGGGCCAAUAUUUUUCUCUUGUAAGAGAUCUGACGAGUGUAUAUCCAGGUCCCUUAUGUCCCGUGCAGCCAAAAUUACCAUUGUAAUACUGAUCUCGGCUUUGUACAUCUUGAAAUUCGGUAGUGUCCAUACUCUGAGCAGAUUGUCGAACUAGUCGGACAGGUGGACCAUGAAGAAAGAUUAUAGCUUCAUUAGUUAACAUUAUAUUAAAAACAACUACUGUGUUAUUUGCACAACGAA